AUGGCGGCUCGGCUCCAGGCGUCUGAGCUGGACUGCGGAGCGGGAAGCCCAAUGUUCGGUUCUGUUGGAAACACUGCACUUUCUUCAUGUGUCCUCGUCCCCUCUGUCUCCUCUGCCCCACUGUCUCCUGCAGGUGUCCUCGUCCCCUCUGUGUCCUCUGUCCCACUGUCUCCUGCAGGUGUCCUCGUCCCCUCUGUGAGUUCUGGUCUGAAGCAGGAAAACCCAGAGAGUCCACAGAUCAGCGAGGAGCCAGAGGAACAUGGCAUCAAACUGGAGGAAGAUCUGCUGCAAAUAACUGUGGGAGUGAAGGCAGAAGAACACAGUCUGCUCCAGGAAAUCCCACAAAGUCCACAGACUAAAGAGGAGCCAGAGGAAGUGAGGAUCAAACACGAGGAGGAGCCGCUUCCUGUGUGUGUGAAGACAGAAGAGUGGUCACUGCCUCAAAGACAAAGUGAGCACAGAGAGGAGACACAGGGAGAAGACAUCAGCCCAGAGUCUGAGGGAGACACAGAGCACUCCUCUGACCACCACCAGGAUGAAGACCUUCAUCUUCAGCCUGUGUCCUCAGAGACAGAUGAUGAUGGAGACGACCACCACAGACUGUCCUCGUCCCCUCUGUGUCCUAUGUCCCACUGUCUCCUGCAGGUGUCCUCGUCCCCUCUGUGUCCUCUGUCCCACUGUCUCCUGCAGGUGUCCUCGUCCCCUCUGUUUCCUCUGUCCCACUGUCUCCUGCAGGUGUCCUCGUCCCCUCUGUGUCCUCUGCCCCACUGUCUCCUGCAGGUGUCCUCGUCCCCUCUGUAUCCUCUGUCCCACUGUCUCCUGCAGGUGUCGUCGUCCCCUCUGUAUCCUCUGUCCCACUGUCUCCUGCAGGUGUCCUCGUCCCCUCUGUGUCCUCUGCCCCACUGUCUCCUGCAGGUGUCCUCGUCCCCUCUGUAUCCUCUGUCCCACUGUCUCCUGCAGGUGUCCUCGUCCCCUCUGUGUCCUCUGUCCCACUGUCUCCUGCAGGUGUCCUCGUCCCCUCUGUCCCACUGGCUCCUGCAGGUGUCCUCGUCCCCUCUGUCCCACUGGCUCCUGCAGGUGUCCUCGUCCCCUCUGUGUCCUCUGUCCCACUGUCUCCUGCAGGUGUCCUCGUCCCCUCUGCCCCACUGUCUCCUGCAGGUGUCCUCGUCCCCUCUGCGUCCUCUGUCCCACUAUCUCCUGCAGGUGUCCUCGUCCCCUCUGUGUCCUCUGUCCCACUGUCUCCUGCAGGUGUCCUCAUCCCCUCUGUGA